AUGCCGACGCGCGGCGCGAUCGCGCGCGACGGCGCGGCGAGCGAGGACCCGCGCGCGGUGUCGUGGGCGCGACACCUUGUCGACGGCAUACGCGGGUACUUUGCCGAGGUGGAUCCGCUGAGCGCCGAACGCGCGAGCGCGGACGUCGACGACGAAAGCGGCGGACUCCUGGGGGCGUGCGAACGGGGGGACGCGAGCGCGGCGAAGGAGAUGCUGAGAGAUGGGAACGAGUGCGUCAGGUGGUUGAUGUUCGGGGAGCGGAGGAACACGCGCGAUACGGCGGUGCACGUGGCGGCGGCGAACGGGGACGUGGAGAUGCUGGACGCGCUGUUGGACGGGUUGCGCUUCGUCGCGCGGUUGGUGAUGUUUCACGACGAACAGUUUAAUUUCAUGGGGCCGUUUCGCGAAAUAGCGAGGCGAGACGGUGCGUCGAGUGAGUUUCAGCGAUGCGACGAGGAGCAGGUGCUGCGGGCGUUCUUAUCGGCGCCGAAUGAUGCGCUCAACUCGCCCUUGCACGCGGCGUGCGCGACGGGGUCGCCGAAAUCGGUGCGAUGGCUGUUAAAGCACGGUGCCGAUCAGCACGUGUUGAAUCUUCUCGGUAAAGAUCCGGUGAACUUACUGAUCUCGACUUGCGACGCGCGAGAGCGCGCGGUGGCGGCCGUCGAUGACGCGACGUUGAAAGUUUUGGACAAGGAUUUCGAACGCGACAAGGAUUUGGGGGCGUACACCUCGGGAAAAGAGUGCAUGGAAAUAUUGUUGGAGGAUGGACGGUUCACGAAGAAUGGAUUUGUGUCGGAUUGUAAUGCGUGCUUUCCGUUAUACCACGCCGCUCGAGCUGGUACGCUGGACGUGGUCAAGCUUUUGUUAAAGCACGGCGCCAGUCCGUUUGACAGAAUUUCAUUCGAGAUGGAACGAAAGGCUAAGGAGUGGGACGAUGCCUGUUCGAAGGGCGGUUCUCGCGGCGGAAAGAAGCUCAAUCCGUUCAGGACGCCUUCGUCGCGUUCGAAACGGACGAUCGAUACGGCGAGCGACGUGGCAAAGUCGCGCGGCCACACUGCGAUUGUCGAUUUGCUCGAUAGCGCGAUGGAGGCGCAAACGAUGUCGACCUUUGACAAGUCUCUGGCGUUGUUCGACGAUGAGCCGAAGAAAAAGAAGAAGAAACAGAAAAAGCUCACUGGAAGUCAGAGGAAAAAGCUUGCGACGGAAGAAGGAGCCGAGGAAGCCCAAGAAGGGUCAGAGUCGGAACCGGAGAAGGAGGACAAGCCGGACAAUGUGAAGGAACCGGAACCGGAGCCGGAACCGGAACCGAAGCCGGAACCGGAACCGAAGCCGGAACCGGAACCGGAACCGAAGCCGGAACCGGAACCGGAACCGAAGCCGGAACCGGAACCGAAGCCGGAACCGGAACCGGAGCCGGAGCCGGAACCGGAACCGAAGCCGGAGCCGGAACCGGAACCGAAGCCGGAACCGGAACCGAAGCCGGAACCGGAGCCGGAGCCGGAAUCGGCCACUCCUAGCAAAAUGGCGAAAGAUGAUAACAGCGAGAGUCCACCGUCGGUGCUCAACGGACGCGAAGCUUCGGACGAGACUUCGACGGGCACGACUCAAACGGCGCUUGAUUUGGCUGAUGAAAUCAUUCCUCGACAGCUGGUGGAUUAUGCCGUGGAGCAUAGUCCGUUUGCGAGCGCAAAGGAAGACGUUGAAGACGAGGACACACCUUCAGCCGCCACCGUUUUGCGACGCAAACGCAGCGGGAGAACGAAGGCGGGGACAAAACCGAAGGAUGAUAUGCCCGAAAGAAAUGCGCGAAAGCGGCAAGUCGACGCGGAUAAAGCAUCCGCGCAACCUGGAUCAAUACUGGAUCGAAAUGGCGCUUAUAGUCAAUCCACGGCGCCCGAGGCGCCCAUAGAGCAACAUAGUGGUCGCGUCGCCGAGGAAGAAGAGCCCGCUUGGGCGUCCGUGGAUGUUCCAAAGCAGCUCAUGCAGCAUCACGAGAUGGUCAUGCCGGCGCAGCAGCAAUCAGAGCAACAGCGAGAAUCCCAGGAAGAACUACACCAGAGUAAGUCGAGAUUAAAUCAAUGGCGAGGCGAUGGGUCGAUUUGGUCCCACAUCCCGCAAGCCGUGCACUCCUCUGUCGGGGCGCCUUCGCCGCCGCCGCGAUCAGCCGCCGCGACUAUGCCCGAUUGGGAUCGAGAAAUCUUCACCACGGACAUAGAUGCGGACUGGGAUGCCUUAGGUUGGGUCGCUCGCGCGUCGAGACGAAUGGAAGCCGUGCAUCUCGAGGCGUGCGCUUCGGGCGUCGGCUGCGGACACGUUCUCGGCAUCGAUCUCGAACACUUGAGUUUUGGUCAACUCGACGCCGUGGAGGAAGUUCAUCGCGAAUUACUCGCGCGCAUCACGGACGCGCGCAUCGCGCUCGCGCGACGUCAAGAGCGCGCGGCCGUCAUCGAAGAGAUGACCAUAGCCAGCAACAAGAAAGAGUUCACGACACUCGCCCAAUUCGAGCGACGACUUUGA